UCAUUUACUGAACAGCGAUUCGGUUAAAUAUUAACUAUUAAGUACUCGGAAUAAAAUCUUUGAUAAUUGAUAGGUACAACUCGGCACUCGCGUCUCACUACGCUCUGUGACGAUGACCAAGGUGCUCAAUCGAUGCAUUGUAGGCAAUUAUAAAUUUCGUAAUUAAUUGUGCUGUCUGUCGUAUUAAGGCCUUGGAUUGUUGAACUUCGCGGGAAAAUCGUCAAGAAAACGCACCUGUUGUAGUGUUGUCACUUCGCCACUAACUGCUGAAGUAUCAAAGUUUGGAGUUCGAAAAUAAUGUGCUCAAGUGAUCUCUAGAACCGCUCACCCUCCACCAAAGUCUUCAAAUAACUCUCAUCUGAAAUGGACUCGAUUGGCUCGAUGGAUCCGUUGGACCUGCCAGAGGAUUUGGAUUUUGCAGAUUUUGAUGAGCUCUUGAACAAGUACAAUGAGAAAAUGCCUGAAGUUGACACAAAACUGUUCACCGGUGAUAGCAUUUUGACAGAGUUUGAUGAUCCAAUGAGUGAAUCCACAUUAUUGGAUUUUCCACCACUUGAUCUUUCUCUAAUUGAACCGGAUAUCCAAAUGUCACCUCCACAAGAUACUGUUUCUAACGUUAUUGAUACUCCAAUGAUUUCACCUUCUGCCAUGCUUAAACCAUGCCCUAAAGCACCUCCUUUGAUUAAACCUAAUCGUAAAGUCAUUCAAAAGCCAAUCCAACCAAAUUAUAUUAUAGAACAAAAUGUUAAUAAAAAAAUAAGGUACAUUCAAAAACCUGGAAUGCAUACUCUCCUUCCAGUUAAAAGUGUUGGACAGAUUCACUUACCAUCUGAUCAAAUGAAACAAGUUUUUUUUAAUGCACCACUAAACGCAUCACCUACAAUGGUAUAUACAUCAACAAAUGGUCAACCAAUUAUAUUAAACAAUACCGCAUUUGUUACCACAGGUAUACCAGUUAUGAUUGAUUCAGAUAUGUCAUCUAAUAAUAAUAUUGACGUUGUGUCGAUGAAAGAUGAGAAACCAAAAAGUUCACAUAAUGUUAUUGAAAGAAGAUAUCGUACAAGUAUUAAUGAUAAAAUAAUGGAAUUAAAAGAUAUGAUUCUUGGAACUGAAGCUAAGCUUAAUAAAUCUGCUAUACUUAAAAAAGCUAUAGAUUAUAUUAAAUAUUUGGAAAUGGCUAAUGAAAAAUUAAAAGAUGAAAACAAAAUGUUCAAAUUAAAUAUUUCGAAAAACCUAGAUCAAAGUCCAUCUACUUUAUUACAAGAAGAAUACAAUAACCCUGGCUCACUCACACCACCGCAAUCAUAUAUUUCCGUAUCUUCACCAGAAAGAUCAGAAGGCGCCUCAUCACCUGAGAUUGUAAUGAGUUCUCAUACAAUAUUGACCAAUAAAUCUGGCAAGAAAGGUAUGGCUGAUCAUUCAAGAUUAGUGCUUUGCGUGUUCAUGUUUGUGGUUGUUGCAUUUAAUCCUUUUGGAAAUUUAUUGCCAAAUAGCAAUAUAUCACAUUCUGAAUCUUGGGCAGAAAAGGUUGAUGGUAGAACAAUUUUAAAUGCUAGAACAGAUCCUGAAAUGGAUGAUGGAACAUAUCAAAGUUAUGCUUUUAGUCUGUUUAUAUGGACAUUGAAUAUUCUUAUGAUGAUCAUAAGUCUAACCUGUCUUCUUAUUAGUGAUCCAAUGAUAUAUUCGGAUUCAGAAGCAUACCAGGAAUAUAUGCGAAUGAGAAAACAAGCUGAAGAUAACUUGAUAAAGGGAAACAGAAAAAUGGCAGUUCUUGAGCUCUCUAGAUGUUUGGACAUUUUUGGUCGGCCAAUUUUAACAAGUCGUAAGAAACUUUGGGCUUCAUUAAUCUGGCAAAUUAUCAGGCAAUUUUUACAUCAAUUUAAAGUGGUUGUACUUUUGAAAAAAUGGAAUAAUGCUGUAUUUAAAAAUGUGACCAACAAGUAUGAAACUUUAAAUACAGCUAAACAACUCAGUGAAAUUUAUCAUUUACUGCAUAAACUGUAUUUAAUUAGUGAAACUGAUUGGCCAAUACCUAAUGCUCAUUGGGGUAUUGGUUUAUACUUAGGACUUAGUUCAAUUAAUAUGGCUGAAGCAGCUGGACAACAAAUAAUUUCAGUAGAAAUUUUUGUGCAACUAUAUUCGACAAUUGCUCUUAAUUUCAAAACUAUCAUAUUUAAAGGUGCUGGAUUUUUUACCAGGUAUUAUUUACAUAAAGCACAAACCCAAGUGCUGAAUUACAAUAGAUUACCAGCAAAUUUGAAUUGGCUUACAACUGAUCAUGGAUUUCGAUUUUUCAUUGAUCACAAUUGGGUUUUUACUCCGAGUAAUGCUACAUCGUCAUUCACUUCACUCUCAGACUGUAAUGAUCCAUUAUCUCAUCUAACCAGAUCUUUCAGAGAAACUACCUUAGAAAAGGCUUUACAGACUUUAAUAUCACCAGGAACAAGACAAAUUGUACAAGCUGUAGGUCAUACCAAACAACCAACUGUAACUUCAGAUGUUUUGCUAUAUGUACAGCGCAUUGUAGAAUCUAAUUUAAUUACAAAGAAACCUAGGAUAAUUGGAAGCUCAGAAGUUAAUGUAGAGGAUGAGAAAGUAGCAUGGUGGGGAGCCAUAUUUGCUGCUGGAACUUAUUGGAUAUUAGGUGAAGAUAAUGGUAUAGAUUUGCUCGAUAAACAUAUCUCCAAUGUUCCUCCAAGUUUAUUAGUUGAUCCAUUGGCGCAAGCUGUAUUAGCUGCUUAUGAAUGUCGAAAUAAAGUCCAAACAAUGAAACCUAGAAUUUUAGAACACCAUUGUCAUGAAGCUAGUAAAAUAUUAUCAGAAACUUUAAUUUUAUUGCAAACCAAUAAGCCCCAACCAAUUGUUAUAAUGACAUUGUUAUUAGCUUGCGACUGGUUAUUAGAAACAAGAAUGCUGUCUUGGCAAGAAGAGUGUAAGAAAAUGCCUGCAGGCUAUGUCAAUUUGGAAUUUUUAAACUUAAAAAGCUUCCAAGAAGAUUUAACUUCCUUACGAAAAAUUGCAAAAUUUGUCCCAUUUGCUACUGCCAAAGUAUUCUUAUAUGAAGCAACUGCCCGGUUAAUGGCUGGAGCUUCACCAACAAAAACCCAACAACUAUUUGAUCGCAGCUUAAGAAACAGAUCAACACGGCAUUUUGUUAUUUGCACUAAAGGUAAAGGUGAACAAAGCACAGUUGGUUUAAGGGAGCAUGCAACUGCGUUAUUUAUGGCGUGUAAACAUUUACCUAUGUCUCUUCUAUCACCACCUGGCAUAAGAGCAGGUAUGUUAGCCGAGGCAGCGCGUACAUUAGAAAAAAUUGGUGAUCGGAAAAAUCUUAUGCAGUGUUACAAAUUAUUGAAAUCAAUUACUACCAAUUCAUCAGUCACAGAUUAAUUUUGUUUCUAUUAAUAGUGUUAAUGUUUGUUUAUAGAAUUUAUUGUUGUAGUCUUAAAAUUUUCCUAAAUGUUUUUUCACUUGCUUUUUUAAUAAUAAAAUACAAGAUUCAACCUGUAAA